GAGGGGAGAAGAAGGUGUAGUGAUGAGACAAAAGAGAAGUUCCCUCCUGUAGCCUCGUCCAAACUCUACUUCCCAGGCUGAGGACGCGCGCCCUGAAUGAGAAGGGGGAGCAGGUCCUUUUCUAUGAGUCCGCCAUGAUGCUCAGCCACAUUUCCACUAGGGAUGGGCUUUUUAGAUAAUUGGCUGGCAGUGAGCAGACACCCCACCCACCACCCCCUGACCUGCUGUGAAGUAAAACGUCACCGGAUCCACUCCACGUUUUUCCCUGCGCCCCUAUUAAGCUCUGUGUGGGAGAAUCAGAGGAAAUAACAAGGCGCAACAAACAAGAAGGGCGUGCGGAAUAACAGGAAAACGUCUGUAUGUGCUGAGCGAGACAGAGAGGAGAAAAUGUGAAGGAAAACGAGAAAUCAGGACGUGUUUCUUUUCUGCUGCUGCUGCGUUCCCGGAGCAUCAUCUGCACCUCCACCGGCGAGGAUGCUGCAUCUCCUGAAGCGCUGCUGUCUGCUCACAAUCUGUGCACUCUCCUGAAUUACAACUCACUGUGAACCCUAACGGGUGGAAGAUUACGUGCAUAAAGGCUUUUUGGGGAGCAGAAAGGUUGAAGGAGGGUUUUUCCCCCCGAGCAUCUGCAAGGAUUUUUUCCGCGCGCGGUCCUGCUCAGUCGCAUCACUUCUGUUGGACGCAAAGGAGUAAAAAAAAAAGACAGACUUGAUCAUCUCCUCACUGAUAAAUUAUUUAGCAGUAUCUGUUCUCCAGGAUCAACAUAUGCUGGUGUCUUUGUCCCACGUCCUCCGUGCAUGAUCUUAUUGGCUUGGAGUGGCGUUGACACGGAUGAAAGCCGAUGGCCAGGCGCCCCAAAUUUCCUCAGAAGGGGGAUGCAACCUAAAAUAACACCGGUGCCAAAUGCUUCCCGAGUCCUGAAUCUGUGACACGUACGGCUUCUCAGGAGACUCUCCCCCCUCCUCUUCCUCCUCCGCCUCCACCUCCUCCUCCUGUCCCCCCGCCACUCGAAGCCCGGACAUCGGCGACUUUUUAAUGGCUUUUGUGUUCAGAAGAUGGAGGGUCUUACUGGUGCUGAACGUGCUUGCGGUGGCGGGGUUCAUGACUUACUGGGCUAGGUGCAACACGCGCAGCGUCCAAGCCGCCGGUCCGGAGGCUCCGGCGGAGGGGAAGAGGCCCCGGGGCAACGGGACGGCGCAGGGGCCCAGCAUCAGCCAUGAGGUGCUGCUGAAGAGGCUCAGCUCGCUGGAGGAUGUGGUGUACCGGCAGUUAAAUGGUCUGUCCAAAUCUCUGGGCCUGAUUGAGGGCUUCGGGGGUCGAGGGAAAGGCGGCCUCCCUGCCACGCUGCUGCCAGCUGAGGAGAGUGAUGCUAAAAACCUGAGGGAGAAGUACGGCUACAACGCCUACCUCAGUGACAAAAUCUCUCUGGAUCGGACCAUACCGGACCACCGGCCCAGCAAAUGCAGAAAGGUCAGCUACCCGAGAGACCUCCCCCAGAUCUCCCUUAUCUUUAUCUUCGUCAAUGAGGCUCUGUCGGUGAUCCUGCGCUCAGUCCACUCAGCUGUCAAUCACACGCCGGCUCACUUGUUAAAAGAAAUCAUCCUGGUGGACGACAACAGCGAUGACGAACAGCUGAAAGGACCACUGGAGGAGUAUGUGAACAAGCGCUACCCCGGCCUGGUGAAGAUCGUCAGGAACCAGAAGAGAGAGGGACUGAUCCGAGCCAGAAUCGAGGGCUGGAAGGUAGCCACUGCCGAGGUGGCGGGAUUUUUUGACGCCCAUGUGGAGUUCACUCCAUCCUGGGCCGAGCCGGUGCUGACCAGAAUAAAAGAGGACCACAAGAGGAUUAUUCUGCCUUCCAUCGACAACAUCAAGCAUGACACUUUCGAGGUAGAGCGCUACGAGAACUCGGGCCAUGGAUACAACUGGGAGCUGUGGUGCAUGUACAUCAACCCGCCCAAACAGUGGUGGGACGACGGGGACAUGUCUGCUCCCAUCAGGACUCCCGCCAUGAUUGGCUGCUCCUUCGUGGCCAACCGCAACUACUUUGGCGAGCUCGGCCUGCUUGACUCGGGCAUGGACGUCUACGGAGGGGAGAACAUCGAACUGGGCAUCAAGGUGUGGCUGUGUGGAGGCAGUAUGGAGGUGCUGCCAUGUUCCAGGGUGGCUCACAUUGCGCGGAUGAAGAAACCCUACCACAGUAACAUCGCUUUCCACACGAGGCGUAAUGCUCUACGCGUGGCCGAGGUCUGGAUGGAUGAGUACAAGUCCAGUGUCUACCUGGCCUGGAACAUCCCCAUGGAAAAUCACGGCAUUGAUUACGGAGACAUCUCUCAGCGGGUUGCACUGAGGAAGAGUCUGCAGUGUAAGAGCUUCGAGUGGUACCUCGACAAUGUUUACCCAGAGAUGAGGAGGUACAACAACACACUGUUCUAUGGAGAGACCCGUAACUCCAAAGCGAACCACCUGUGUAUGGAUCAGGGUUUGAAGGAGAACCACACGGCCACCCUGCACCCCUGCCAUGGAUGGGGACCUCAGUUAGGACGAUACACCAAAGAGGGUCAGCUGUUCCUGGGUCCUCUGGGCAGUACUGGAGAGGACACUCGCUGUGUGGUGGACGAUCAGGUCAGCAGGUUUCCUCAGCUCCUCAACUGUGACAAGGUGACCAAUGUGAAACAGAAGACAUGGAAUUUCUCUCAGGCUGAUGAACUGAUGCCAGCACCUCAUAGCCCACAGACGCAGUAG